CUUCACUCUUCAGUUGUGUUCGUUGUACUUUUUAUGUUUUCACCAAAAUUUGCCGGGUUUUUGUAAAGUAAUGGACGGAAAGAAAGCGAACAGUAUGGCAAUGGACUGUUCAAGUAAAAUAUUGAAAAAUACGGAAGGUUAUGUAUCGCAAAAGUUGCAAUACGUAUAUAAACAAACGUCGAAUGAUAUGUUUGGAGUUCGAGUGCCCAGUCAUGUUUUAAGAACUGCUCUGUUCCUAAGUGUUGUGAUUUUUGCUUCGGUAACAAGAUUGUAUUUAAUAAAUGAACCCAAGCAUAUUUGGUAAGUAUGGGCUUGUAGCUGGGUUUCUAGUUUGUUGUUUUUUUGGGAAUUGAAAAUGUAUAUUAUCCAUGUAAAAAUUGGAGUGUGUAUAUUGUAAACAAUCGACUUAUAGGAUUAUGUUGCAGGUGCAAUUUAAGACACACACCUGCAUCGCGUUUAUUAUGAUGUCUGUAUGACUUGCACAUUUCAAUUUUUACUUUGGUUAUAUAUUGGCACUCAGCAUUCCAUGGUUUCCAUGAAAAUGAUAGACUCUUUUGUAAUAUUGAAAAAAUACUGAAAAUGGACAAUAUAAAAAUAAAAUUGCUGACUUUUUGUAGUUUUCACCAGAGAGUGCCACUAAAUUUAUGUUGUUCACAUGCAUAAUGACAUAUGUGUUUUACAUAUAUUACAGGUGGUAUCAAUUAUCAAAAAAUGAAUGCCAUUAUAGAACAAAAAUGCUACUAAUUCUAUUCUACAAAUUUUAAGUUGAACUAAGAAAAUUUAUCUAAUGCAAUAGUGACUUAGUUAAUACCAAAAAUACCAAACUGAUAUUGGAUCAUUCCAGAAAACAUUCAGCCUAUACCUUUGAGACAUCAUGCUACAUUUUACAAUUAUCAGAAGUAGAUUUCCAUCCUCCCCAUCCGGAGGUCAGAAUUUUUCAUUUGUAACGUGAGUGAAUCUGUUCUGGAAUGAUGCAAUGCAAUAUCGACUACUACAGGUUUGCUCGGUAUAUUGAUAUGCCACAACAACCUAUUACACAGCGCCCCAAAUUAACCUAUUGGAAACUGUUCAUAUUAGAGAGAUAUAUCCAUAUUAGAAAGGUGUUUGUAAAGGUAUGCACAUAUUAGAGAGGUGUCUGUAUUAGAGAGAUGUCUGUAUUUAGAGAGGUGCCCAUAUUAGGGAGAUACUGUCUGUAUUAGAGAGAUGUCCAUAUAAUAGAGAGGAGCCCAUAUUAGAGAGGUGUCUAUAUUACAGAGGUGCCUAUAUUAGAGACUAGAGAGGUGUCCAUAUAAUUGAGAGGUGCCCAUAUUAGAGAGGUGUCUAUAUAGUAGAGAGGUGCCUAUAUUAGAUAUGUGUUUGCAUUAGAGAGAGAGGUGUCUAUAUUAGAGAGGUAUCUGUAUUAGAGAGGUGCCUAUAGACCCAUUGCACUGACGUCACAAAUCCUCAGAGUGUCCUCCAGAUGCUCCCUAACAAUAUAUGUUCGGGUACAACAACCGCAUACAGCGCAAAAAUUAACCAUUUUAAUACAAAAUUAUUAUAAAGUUUUACAAAAUUUGCUUUGUUUACAAAAGUUAUAUGAUGCAUAGAUUGCUAAUUUGUCCUCCAGAUGCAUCAUCACCGGCGCUGUGACGUCAUGUGCAAUGGGUCUAUAUUAGAGAGGUGUCCAUAUUAGAGAAAUACCCAUAUUAUAGAGGUGUCUGCAAUAGAGAGGUGCCCAUAUUAGAGAGAUGUCUGUAGUAAAGCUAAGGGAUGUCUGUAAUAAAGAGGUGUCUGUAUUAAAGAGGUGCACCGUGCACAUAUUAGGGGGAUGUCCAUAUUAAAGAGGUGCCCAUAUUAGUAGGGUACCCAUAUUAGAGACAUUCUAUAAUGAGAGGCUUGGCAGUAGUUGAAAACAUAAGUAGAUAAAUGGGAACAUCCUAAAAGCAAGCUUUAGGGGCUGAUUACAUGGAGAGUUUUUAGCCCGGGCUGAGUUUCAGCCCGGUUUCCCGGGCUGAAAUUUUAGCCCGGCCUAAGGAUAAAAUCCUAGUAAAACACAGCAAGCGAUUACAUGACCAAAAUUCCAGCCCGGGCUGAGUUUCAGCCCGGGCUGAAAUUUCAGUCCGGUUAAUGAGCUACCCGGGUUGAAAUUUCAGCCCGGGCUGAAACUCAGCUCGGCAUGCAUGUAAUCGCAAAUAAUUUCAGCCCGGCCUAAAAAACAACCGUUUAAAUGCCUUUAUUUUGCGUGUUUGUUUAAUUUUUAAAUACUUUACAUAUCACCACAGUCUCACACAAGUCAAGUACUGGACUAAUCAGUGUCUGAUUGCUUCAAAGAAGCGUAACACGCUUUAUUGACCUAUUUUGUGACACUCAGAUUAUUUCAGCCCGGGCUGACAUUUCAGCCCGGGCUGACAUUUCAGCCCGGGUUGAUGAUAAAUAUAGCUCUGACUAAACUCAGCCCGGGUUGAAAUUGCUCAUGUAAUCGUGAUGAAAUUUCAGCUCGUUUAACCGGGCUGAAACUCAGCCCGGGCUGAAAACUCUCCAUGUAAUCAGGCCCUUAAUAAACUAAGUUAUGUUGUAACUCUAUUCCAGCUUUGGGAUAGAACUCAAUCCAAUCGAAGGAUUAGCAUAUGAUUAUUUUAAAUUUCAAAACCUCGAAUUUGGAAUAUGUUGUGACAGUUGUGGGUUUUUUUCAAGUCUUCCCUGGCUGUCUUUUGCUUCAUCAAAGACUGGAAGUUGCCUUGAAAUCCAUUGCCAUUUUCAAAUUUUUAAAUUGUUCAAUAUUUAUUGUUUUUAAUUUGUAGUUGGGACGAGACUCAUUUUGGAAAGCAUGCAAAUUUUUAUAUCACUGGACAGUUCUUCUUUGAUGUCCACCCACCUCUUGCUAAGGUAAAAAUACUGAACUGAUUGUUAGCCCACCACAAUCACUGUCAAUCAAAACUCAAAAGUUCUUAAUGAAACAAAAAAAUCCUAGUGGCUACAGUAGUUGUCAGUGUGGAUUAUUACAUUCGGCAAUCGGGGUAUCCUGCACAGACAUUUUGACUGUCCCAUGCCAAGUCUAAUGCAAUAAAAUUUCUUUCGAGGUCUUGUGUGUUUGAAAUUGGCAGUUUAUUUUUUAUUUCAAAUCACUUUUCAAUGCACGGUUCCCAAGUUUGUUGCGAACAUUGCAACAAAGUUUGCAAGUUCAUUUCAGUGUUUGAACUUCAUUUGUAAACAAAUAUUCAAACUCAGUAAUAACAACCAAUUCAAUAAAAUACAAACCUUUUUGGUAGCCCACUGGACCAAGAACUUUCCAUUGAAUUGUUAAUUUCAACUUGAACUAUGAACAUUUGUUUACAAUAGUUCAAACAUUGAAAUGUAAUGAAACUUUGUUGCGAAGUUCACACCCAAUUUUUGAACUUAGAAACGUAAUUGGCAAGUUUGCAACAAACUUGGGAUCCGUACAUUCCCAAGUUUGUUGAAAUCGACAAUAAAACGACACUAAAAACCCAGACAGUAUAAAAUAUGAAAAACCUGACUGUCUUGAAAUAUUUUCUCGGGCAAUAUAUUUAUUAAUUCUUGUAAAGCGAAAUAUAAAAAAAUAUAUUCACACGGUGAUGAGAAUCAAGGAAUAUAUUUUAUGCGACCUGCUAGGCUUCAAGGUUAUUUCUAAUUUAUCUGCAAGUUACUUGAGAUUCAAAGGGAGGUGGCAUAACCCCAGCAAAUCUACUGAAUUAUGGUCAUGGGCGUACCGGAAGGAAAAAUUUAGGGGGGCGGAAAGAAAUUUGCCCGACCUUUCCGAAUUUUUCCCGGAAUUUGUUUUGGCGACCUCCCCCAUGAUUAUGGUAUCAAUUAUUGAGCGAUCAUCAGGGUGUCCACGGGCCUUGAAAAUCCUGGAAAGUCCUUGAAUUGGAAAAUCAGUAGAAGUUCUUGAAAGUCCUGGAAUUAAUUUCCUUAACCUCCAGCUAUGCCAACUUAGUGAUUUUGAUUAAAAUUACUGAUUCAGAAUAAAGUGAAUUAUUUAUGGCAAAUCUGUGCCAUUUUCAAAGAUUUUUCCUAGUUCUAGGUCCUUGAAUUUACUGAAUAAGGGCCUUGACAGUCCUGGAAAAGUCCUUGAAUUUCACCUUCACCAAAGGGUGGACACCCUGGAUCAUGACUCAUGGCAUGAUUUUGAUUAAUUAUGACAUUCUGAUUUGGUUUGUGUUUUCCAGAUGACAAUUGCUGCGGCAGGGUUACUUACAGGAUACAAUGGAGAUUUUCCAUUUGACAAACCAGGAGACCAAUAUGGUGAUGUUAAUUAUACUGGAAUGAGAAUGGUACAGUAUUGUGUAAUUUCGUAAAUUUUACAGUAGGUGCUUUGCUGCAUGAAGUCUGCCUUUGUGCUGCCCACCACUAUAUUUCACCUAAUAAUGACAUGGGAAGGACUUGUAACAUCCACCACUUAAACUUAAUGAUUAUAUUGCUUGUCUAUCCAAAAAUAAAUCAAAACUUCAGUUAAGAGAGACUGGAUGUAUACAUUUAAAUGUACAUGUGUACAUUUAAAUCAAUUAAAUGUCAUAUGUUUAACAAAUAAGUAUAACAUAAUGUCGUUUGGUUGAUUCACAUGCAUGACUUCUAAGAAUAUGCUGAGACAUACACAUUUGGUCUUAGGGUCAUCAAAAUUUUCACAAACACACAGAAAGUAUUUUUUUCACUCAUAAUUAUCAAAAUUUUCACGAAAUUAUUAGCUUAAAACUGAGGGGUACAAUGCGAUCAUUUUAAAUAAGUAGUUUAAACUUGUACACAUUUCUAUUGCCAUCAGUCUUCCUGAUGAAAUCAUAGAGGAUCCAUCAUUCCAUCCAUCCUUAAUCUUAAACUUUACUUUUAAAAUUGAUGUGUCAAGCAAUGAAAUAAACUACACUACGAAUGCACUAAAUUAAAAAUUAUCAAAUAUUUCCAAAUGGACGUCGACAAAUAGGUUAAGCCUCAAUGCCAAGAACUAACUGAAUAUAUACAGUAUGGUCAUAGGUAAGGAUCUCACCAGGGAUUACACCCAGUUAAUUCGGGUCCAUCAAAUCAUCAAUAUGUCCUGGUAUAUAGAUGAGAUAAUCAAGGUUUAGGUUGGGCACAAUAUGGUUCCUAAACAAAAGUAUUGACCAGGUUCCCCGCUACCACCUAAACUAAACACACAUUUUAAGAAAAAAAUUGUUAAACUACAGUAGAGGGGAGCGGUGGUUUGGAAUGGUUUGCUCGCAGACCUUGAAGAGUCGGCAACUAUAUAAUCUUUUAAAAAAUUGAUCUCAACAAUAUAAUAACUUUGCUAAUUAUUUGUAAUAGAGUUUAUUCAUUCAAUUAUCUGUUUUAAGAGGAGAUUUUUUUGUAUGUUACGUAACAUGCGCUCAAAACUAAUGAAUUAUACGAUAUACCACUUGCGGUUAUGACUACAUGUCUACAUUCAAUUUUUUUAUUUUUCGAUUACGUUUCUCAAUCGGCAAACAAACUUAAAAAGUUUCAGUGCUUUAUCAGUAAAAUAAUGCUAAAAUGAAGACAUUUUAGAUGAUACGCCAAAGAGAAAAUAAUGUCUGAAGUUCAGCGCGUUUUGCUUAUAUUGCAAUAAAUAUGGGUUAGGUUAAAAUGCGGAAGCGGAUGGGGAACGGAACGGAUGGGGUUAAAAUGCGAAACGGAACGGAUGGGGUUAAAAUGCGGAACGGAACGGAUAUGGGGUUAAAAUGCGGAAUGCAACGGAUAUGGGUUAAAAUGCGGAACGGAUUAGCUAUGGCGUCAGUAUAUUAAAGCAUCAUUAGGGGUGCACCGGAUUUCAAAUCCGGCCGGAUUUAACGAAUUUUCCGGUAUCCGGCAUCCGGCCGGAUUUGGAGAAAAUCCGGCCGGAUUUAAAUUUCUCUUUUCACCUUAAAAUAUUCACCAAGAAUGGGAUAAACCAUCAAUUUGGCAGCUUUAAAGUUUAAAAAACACUUAAUAUUAUUAUAAAAUAUUAAGUUAUUAGCAAGAAGAUAUUUAAAAAAGGUUUAAACACAAUAAAAAAUCUAAACUGACACUAACUAAAAAUAGUAAAAAACAUAAACCGCCAUUUUGAAUAUUGAAUUAUCUCAAUUUAUCCCCAUUACCGGUUUAUCUCAAAUCCGGCCGGAAUUUUUGUCCGAAUCCGGUAAAUCCGGUUCCGGCCGCCGGCCGGAUUUGAAAAUUCCAAAUCCGGUGCACCCCUAAGCAUCAUUGUUAAUUGUAUUUUAAUUGACAAUUUUUUUACUAUUAUUUUAUGUUUCUCAACCGGCAAAUGCAUUUAAAAAGGGAGCUAACUGUAUAAACUAGAGAAUAAAACACUUUUCAUGGCAAAUACGCGACAUAAAAAGCGAAGCUUGUGUGUAAUGUAAUUUUAAAUCAAGUGCGUGUAUUGUGAAUAACGUCUUUGUGGCUAUAUAGGUAAAUGAUUUUGCAAGCGUUCCAAAAAUCAGUUGUAAUGGACCAUUCCCCAAUUAACCAAAAUUUUGAACUCAACAAGUCUAGACAAAAAUUUCACAAAAUCACAAAAUUAGUAAUAUUCCAAAGUUUUUCGUUGCAAAAUGUUGUAAAAUGUAGAUAAUAUAGCAUUGCGAAGUUUGCAAUUUUCAGUCAUUUUACAUUACAAACGGGAAAUGGUUGCCACUUCUGUGCGUAAUACAAAAUGACUCAGUGAAAAUUACAAACUUCGCAAGGCUAUAUUAUCCGCAUUUCACAACAUUUCGCAACGAAACUUUGGAAUAUUACUAAUUUUGUGAUACUCUUUCAUGCUAUGAUGAAAUUUUGUCUAGACUUGUUGAGAUCAAAAGUUUGGUUUGUGUUUUGUACUCACUGACGUUCUUGAGAUUUUUUUUUCUAUUGCUACUACUGAUAGUAGUACAGUAUUAAUGAAUACUAACUAUUCUUAUUUAGUUCAAAGUUCUUGUGUUUAGUCUUAUUUAGUUCAAAAUUCAGUUAUUUAGUUCAAUCACACUACUGUCAUUUAAUCCAAUGAGCAUUUAAAUUUCUGGACGGGUGUGUGUGCAAAUUUCUCCAGGUGCGGUGGGGAAACGUUCUGAGGGGAUGCAAAAUAUUUUUGGGGUGUGCACCCCUCCCCCCCCCAGAAAAUCCGUCUAUAACAUAUACAGACAUACAUACUCAAAACAGUCCAACAAGCAAGGUUGAAUGUAAUGAUGGUCAGUGGAAUGGGACUUCUACUCAAUACCACAUGAUCAUAAUCAGCCAAUUAAAUGACGAUGAUUUAUUAAAGUGUUAUGAUACAUCAUUAUAUAACUUGCACACAAAAAAUGUUCCGACAUAUUUAAUAGACACUUUAACACUGAAUAAUGUCCUAAUCUUAUUUUCCCCAAAUUAAAGUACAUUGUAUUAAUAGUUUUUAUUUUCCUCAUCUUGUAACUCACACUUUAGUUUUGAUCUUGUAACUCACACUUUAGUUAUAUGAAGGUUUUACUAUUCAUCGUCGAUAUUGUCACAAACAUUUAACAAACGGGUACGUGACAACCGUCUCUGGGCGCAAGGUCUGAACAAACAUUUAAAAAUCGACCUGAAGCACAUGAAGAGAACACGAACAAAAACAGAAAUGAUAGCAAAGCAUACAAGAAGCGAAAGAAUAGCUGGAAAUAGUCCUAACAUAACAAUCUCUAGCCAUUGAAACACUUUCAAAACCGUUACUAAAGAACCCUUGAUAUUUUGUUCGGAACCAACGAAAACAGACUUAAACUGGUUGAUCAAGCCUAAAAUGACCAAAAACAACAAAGAAAGAGACUCGAGAUUGUUCGCUAACGAAUUUUGAAAUGGUUUAACCUUCAGAUGACAGCAAAGCACAAAAACACAAGUAAGAGUCAUGCAGAAUAAUCUGAUAGAUGGUUCUGUUACGACACAGAAGAUUAAAACCAAAAUAAAUCGACGAGCAAUCAAGACACUCUGCCAAUAUAAAGCCCCUCGCUUGCUUGCACCUUUCGGCUGUCUGUAAGGAGCCAAGAGCAUCUCUUUUAAUGCGUCUAAAUUUUGGUUUUCUUCUACACUCACUACUGGAGAUGGACAAACAAGGCGGAACAGCCAUAGCAAUAAGAAUGGAAGAGGACAGAUAAUGGCUAGAAGAAACUGUUGGAUUGUUAUUUUAUCAUGGUGAAGUUUGAACGAAAUCCAAGCAAGCGAAAAUAUAAAAGGAAUCACAAAGAUAGCAUUAAAAGUGAAUGACGCAUAUUGCCACCAUUGGUAGCAUAAGACAUUUCCAUUGUAGAACCAUCGAGCUUCGCCUGCAACAAAAACACAGCGAAUGAGCGAAAUACUGACAGUAGCCAGAGUUACGUAGCCAAGAAAUAUAGUUUUAAUACUGCCUUGGAGGUAUGGAGAAAUAGCAGGACGAAGAGCGCCUCUCAUACGACUGAUGAAGAAAUGCAAGGCAUAGAUAAGGAAAAUAGCAACUAAAGUUCCGAAGACAGGAGCAAUUUUAAAACCCAGCUUUGUCUCUGGAGUGAGACCUGGAAAAGGACAGAGAAAACCUUGUUUCUUAAAACUUGGUUGGAAAUUGAAGUAGCCCAGAACAGGUACAAGGAGUUGGGUGUGAAAAAAUUCUGUCAGAGAACUCGUGGAAAGAAGUAAUUGUGCGAUUUGAUAGAAGUAGAAGAUAAUCUCCACAAAGCGGGAAAAUUGUCUUUUGUCGUGUUUGAGCUGCUCUGUUGAAGACAACGGUAUGUUUUCCUGUCCGGUCUCUUCGUCCACUGAGAGGGAGCGAAUUAUGUCAUGAUUGGCUUGAAUGUUUGCUGUACGACUGCCUACAAACCUUUUAAACCAAAAUAUCUGUUUUAAAGAAUACGUUACGAACGGAGGAUUGAAAACAAGAAGAACAGCCAUAGAAAAAACAAGUAAUAGAAACAGAAUCCAAAACCAAUGAUCAUGGCAGUCUUUGACUGGUGUACAGUACGUUGACCACAGCGCUUCUGUAUAGCCUUGAGAACAAACCCCACACAUAACUCCCGUACGUUUUCCUUGGCAGUCAUUGUAUUUACUACUGUUAGCUGGCGGUGACUUGCAGUAACCAAACGGACAAAUUGUGAAGCCUAGUUUAGGAGGAUUCGAACUAGUUUGGUAUCCCCAAAAAUUGAACUUUGACUUGAUGGCUGGAACACAGUCUGCUCCGUGCGGACAUGGUGUGCAUUCGAAACUAUCGUCUACAUUUAGUCCUCUUGCUGUUCCUCUUUGCAGAGAGUAGAAAUUGUAGUCACAUGCUUUACAGGACAAUGUAAGAGAGACAAGAAAUUUACUGCCGACGUAAAAAUAAGUAGUCUUUUCAAUGGCAUGACCCACUUGGCAAGUACUCAUCGAGGUAUUGUCAAAUGAUAUCCAAUAUGCUCUGGAGACCAGAAUGAGUGGUUCAUCCGAUUUUUUGUCCCGGUUGAAUGUUGUGUUGUAAAUAGAUAGUAUACCAGCGUUGUAUAACUUUAGGAACGAAGUGACCAUGAAUUCCUGUUUAUUAAUAAUUACGAUUUUUUGAAUUGUUUGUUUAAACACCGAAUCAACUACAACCAGAUCAGGACUAGAGUUAGGCGCGAGGCUAACAAUCUGACCGCCUUGAAAACGUGCAAAAUUAUUCAAAAACGCACACUUCAUUAACAUCACUUCACCGCGUGACACAAACAAAACACUUCCAGUUACCGCUAUAUUUUCUUGGAAUAAUACUCUUUUAAUAAAAGCUUUUAAAAUCCUGCUGGUUUGGUUGGGGAAACUUUUGUCUUGGAAAACUAUUCCAAGAGCUGCUCCAGAACCGGCUAUAUUCUUGUUUCGGACAAAUGCAGAAUCGUAUAUAAUUAGACUUGAAGUUCCAAUGUAGUAUACCGUAAGUGCUCUACACAAAUUGUUGACAAACGUCGUGUUCUUUAAGAAAAUCGUGGAAUUGUUUAAAUUGAAGGCAAAUAGACAAUAUUUACCCCUAUUUGAAUUGAAGAUUGAGUGUUUGCACGUUAAUGCAACGCGUCCUGCCACAUAUAGGCCUACCGUUCCACCAUUCCCAAUAUUUUCUCUAAAUAUGCAGGUAUCUAGAGUCACGAUCUGUAACGUGGAUUGACUAGAAUCUAGGCAAAUACAGCUACCUUGCUUCGCUAAGUUCCCAAUGAAACGCGUAUUUUUAAAACCGACAAUGAUUUUAGUACUUUGAACCGAGAGUAAAACAAUGCCGCAUUGUCUUUGCGAACAUGCGCGUAACUUGUUCUCGACGAAUAUAACGUUAGUCAUAGAAAGAAUGAAUGUAGAAGACCCUUUGUGAACUACUGCUUUAACAAUUGCUUUAUCAGCACUACUUUCUAGGAAAUAAACAUUGUGAAGGUUGAGUGCAGCAGCAUCGAUCGUAGAGAUACACAGCACGCCACCACAAGAUGCAGCAGUAUUUCGUAGAAACGAACUAUCACUGACAGUCGCCAGUAAGUUUUCAGCUAAUACCACAACUGCACCACCCUUCGUAUAUGAAAACGAAGAAUUGAUUAUGCGUAGAUGAACAAGGAAUAUUUUCAAAUGAUUCGACGAUUGAAAAUAUGCGUUCCGUUGUGAUUUAAUAUACACUGUGAAACCUGCAAAAUUGGAAAUAUUCUGAACGGUCGAGUUUUGAAUGGUUAGCGCGGAAUAUGGCGCAGUAAUUGAAACAACUCCGCCUGUACCAUUGUUGUUUCCAUUACGAAAAGAGGAAUCAUUGAUUAAUAAGUUACAUGAAUCACUUUGAAAUAGGUUUACUACGCCACCGCCACGAGUGACUGAGUGGAAUCCGUCCACCUGAAUGUUUGAAAUGUUGAUUUGCGCUGAGUACCCGACCACAGUUAGAAAAGUAGAAGAUGUUUUAUAAACAAACCCGUACUCCAAUCUUAUAAAUACCCAAGCAGAUUGGAGAAGAAUUAAGCCGUCAUAUUCUUCAAUACUUGGAUUUGUAUUGCUAUUUUCUUCCAUUCUGAAUUGAUUCAGGAAAAAGUUUGUGGUUCCUAAUUGGUUUACAACUACAAUCAUGCCAUAUUUCUUAAAAGUGUUCUUCUUAAAACUGCUGUUCUUUAAUUGAAUGUUGAUCAAAUUUUCUGUGGAAUUUAACCAAAGAAUAGACGGUGUGUCCAAAGAGAAAUUGCCAUUUUGAUAGAAAAGCGUAUUCGUUAUGUUAACAAAAAUCUUGCUGCCCUUACUACUACUAGGUUUUAUUGUCAUGCACGCUGCAUUUUGUUGGAAGACAACAUUUUUCAACGAUAAAUCCAACCGAGGCAGAUUAUAUAGUUCAAUAUCUAAGCUUACAAGUUUGGUUUCCGCAAAUACAGUAUCAAUGACUGCCACAAAAGCAUCGAAAAGGCGUAGAGACGUAUUCAGAAAAAUCAGACCGGAAAAGCUAAUUCGUACACCGUCUUUGAAUUUAGUUCCGUCCACCAACCACGGGUUGCCAUGUAGACACGAGAUAUAAGCACGUGAUCUUAUACUUACGAAUGAUACGCUCUUAGUAAGAUAAAUUCCCGGAUGUCCUUGGUCAAAGGCUUCGCACGUGUAAGGAUUUCUUGAUGUAGCUGAUCCAUCCAGGUAGAUAUAUGAUCCAGCUGUCACUUUUUGUAUGCCAGAAGAUAUUGUACGACACGGAGAAUUUAGUUUUCCACAUGUUUUCCUAUCAUUACCAUUGAGACGAGAUACGUAAAUUCCUUGUUCUGACAGUACAGAAGAAGCUAGGAAAAAUAAACAUGACUAAAAUUGAGUACAAAGAAAUCUACUACCAACAAUGGACUGCACCUGCAGACUGAUUUCAAAACUUGGACGCUACUGGUGAAGAACCAACUAGAAACUAUGAACAUGAAAAUCUGGCCUCAGUGCCUCUACAGACUCGUAGGCGUACAGACUAGUAAUGUAAUGUAAUGUAAAACUUUAUUUCAAUACGCUAACUUCGACAAUUAUUUACAACUGGUUUCCACGAAGGGCGUAUACACACAAAGAGCUAAAUGUUAAUUAUAUAUAGAACAAAAUAUGUAAGAAUCCCACCCUAAAAUAUUAUCAUCUUCCUCCCAAACCUCCACCCCCUAAACAAGUACCCACCCACCCUCACGCAAAACUAACCCCCCUCCCGCCCACAAUCUAUAUUGUCCUCCCAUCAUUUGGUCCUGGAGAAAUUAGCUUAUCAUCUGCUUAAAUGCAAUUUCGCCAUUGUUUUAAAUGACGUAAUUGACUCAGCCGCCUUGACAUCUUGCGGCAGACUAUUCCAUAGAAUUGCUCCACUGUAUCCAAAUGUUUUCUUUAGAAAUUCCGUUUUCGGUUUUUUUAACGAGAGAUCAGUUUCGCUAUUGCGUAAAUCAUAAAUAUUCUGCGAUGCAUUUCUCCGAGAAAAAAGAUCUUUAAGGUUUGGCGCAGUGUGGUUCCCCAAGACUUUAUACAUCAAUACUAGCUUGUUUUGUUCUCGUCUCCUAGCCAGGGUUUCCCAGCCUAAUUUGUUUAGGACUUCAGACGAUCUUACAUCGUAGUCAGCUCCGGUAAUCACCCUUGCUGCUCGAUUUUGGAAUUUUUGCAAUUUGUCUUGAAGUCCCAAACCACAGUUAUCCCACAGGGGAGAACAGUAAUCAAAAUGAGGCUGAAUUAAUGUUUUGUAGACAUCAUGUAAGGUUUUGUGUGGAACAUAAGGUUUUAUUCUUUUAAUUGCUCCUAUUCCAGCGCUAAUCUUAUGGCAUACAGAAUCAAUAUGUUUCUCCCAACUUGUCCCUACGCCUAUUAUUUUCCGUGACGUCAACUAAGACGUACCGAGAGGCCUGGGGACUAGGCUCAUAGGCUGAUACGCGUAUAAUUGAUAGAUAGUAAUUAUUUGUGCAAACUAAUUUCAAGCGAAGGAAGUUAAGAACGCAAGGAGAACCGGAGAUCACAUAAAAUUAUAUGCCAUAUAUGCAUGGUCCGCGUCUUUUACAUUUUCAGGGCGCGAAAUAACGGCUGGAGGGUCGGCGGUCAAGGUUACCGGCCAACUCAAUUUUAGAUCGGACAUACCAAAUUUCUGGCCGGUCAAAUUAUUCAGCUUAAUGCAAAGCCUAGUAAAGUAUACCUCUAAAAAUGUGACCAUUUUCCCAGUAUAGCAGUACAAAAGCCUUACUGUAAUCAGUAAUUAAAAAUUCCUUCACAUAAAACGGCUUGUACUGGGCUAAAAGCAUGGUCUUAGCUCUUAAGCCAAAGGCAUGGCCAUGGCCCAUGGGCUUUGUGACGUACUGCAUGCGAAAUCUGGUGUACAUUGAAGUUGUUUUCCUGCAAAAUAUUCGACAACAUGCAUGUUAUGGUUCUUAAUUAUAAUACUGUACUUGACCACUUUAUUUUGAUCAUUAUUAUAAAAUGAAGAUUAGUUUGUUCUUUUACCGAAAGUGACCGGUCAAAAUGACCGGCAAGGUAAGAAUUUGACCUGACAACUCCGCAUUCUGGCCGGACAUUGUCCGUUGACCGGCCGUUAUUUCGCGCCCUGAUUUUUGUUUUUCUCUUCCUAAUUAUAGUGUCUUCCUUAUUGAUUGUCUUCCUUAUUAGACAAUCGACUUUCCCAGAAUUUGCUUGGGUGUACACGAUACAAUAGCUUGAAAUCGAGGCGGACAAUGUAAUCAUUCUAAAUAAGUAGUUUUCAUUUCGAGAACUGUCUAUUGCAAUCAGCCUUCCCGAUGAAACUGUGUCUUUAAAUUAAUUAUAGAGGAUCCAUCCAUCUUUAACUUAAACCUUAACUUCCAAAAAAAGUGUUAUGGGUAAGCCUUUGUUUUUUCUCGAUUUUUACCACUUUUGUCGUUCUAUUCUUUUAUUAAAACUGGCCAAAAUCGAUUGUUUCAUGUGAUAGGAUAAAAACAAAAGCUCGCACCUUAAAUUUUCGCCGCAAUUCGAUGUUUUUGAAAAGUAAGGUGGCCACGAACGACCAAAAGAUAAGGCUAUAAUAAGGGUAUAUAAAAUAAGCUAGGGAAAAACGCGCACUUGUGGCAAAUCUAGGCUAACCCUUAUAAGGUUUUAAUGGACCUUUAACCUUAUAACUAAAAUUUUGAUCUAGACAAGUCUAGACAAAAAUUUCAUCACAGCUUGAAAGUGCAUCACAAUAUUAGUAAUAUUUUACAACAUUUCGCAACGAAACUUCGGAAUAUCACUAAUUUUGUGAUGCUCUUUCAAGCUGUGAUGAAAUUUUUGUCUAGAUCAAAAUUUUAGUUACAAGGUUAAAGGUCCAAUGCCACUUUUAAGUGUGACAGAGACUCAAGACUAACCCAAGCCCUUAACGCGUUUCGUCGAAUUUUUGCCACCUUUUUCAAAAUCCUCAAGCGUGAAUAAAACUCGGUUUCUUAACUAACCCCUUACUUAAUUUCGUCGAUUUUCGGAAAUUUUGCUGGGAAAUAGACAAAAAGUAAAGGCUAACCCCUUAAGUCUGACUUAUAAUCUUUGUUGAUUUUUUCGAUUUUUAUGGUUUCUGAAAAGUUGUUGUAGUUAUUUAAAGUUUAGGAUAACAACUGCAUGAAUCUUCUAUUGUACAUACCACGAACUCCAAAUAUGAAUUUUGACAGAUUAUUAAAAUUAAAGUCUGCAUGGCUCACCCAAUGGAUCACUGAUAUUAUUCAUCAGUUGUGUUAUUAUUAACAGGUUUGAUGACCCCUUAUACAUAAACAGCCAUGGCAUUGGUUCAACUUAGCUAAUUUUAACCCACUAAGUUGAAAUGUGCGCCCUACUUUAUCAUUUUACUCUGUCUAACGCCUGAUGGUUUUAUACUCGUCAAGCUAGGGCAGAGUCUUACGCUUUAAUGGGGCAAUUCUUGCGCUUUAAACCUUUGACUGAGUAACUACAUACAGGCGAGCGUUAGAUGACUUUGGCAUCUAUCUCUGGUUCUAAACUAUAUGGUUAUAUCCCCAUGUUUGUUGCACAAAAAAUGUUAGGAUUAAGGGUAUAGGUUUGUUUGUGAUUGGGGCUCAAAAUCAAAGAGGAAUUUUACCUAAAAUGUUUAUUUAUUUAUUUAUUUAUUUAGCUUCGCCUUGACAAAAAACGUGCACAAUACAAGUACAACAAUUCAUAUACAUGAGACAUAAAAAGAGGCGGGGACACCACAAUUAUAGUUAAAAUUAGUGACAAAUUACAGACGAAAAAAACCCCAACUAAUUAGUCUAGUAGCAACAGGGAUCGGCAUCGAUUAGAUUGCGCGAUGUGUUGCACUUCAGGCAACAUUAUAACAUUAUAAUAUUAUAACAUUAUAUUAUAACAUUAUAUUAUAACAUAAUAUUAUAACAUUGUGAGGAUGUUUACCUAUAAAAUAUUACAACAUUGUGUUGAAUUCGCAGUCAUAUUAGGUCAAGCUAUAUACAAACGUCAAGUGCAUCAAAAGCUUGAAAGAGUCUAAAAAGGGUACCAUCGCCAGAAAAUUAAAUUGUAUCUGGAAUAGAAACAUGGGAAUAACCUCAAAUUAUAAAGAACGAUUGGAUCAUGUGGUUUUCAGGUUACAAAAGCGUGGUAUACUAUUUUACUGCUUUUGUAUAGCUGGAUAAGCGCUUCGACCGAAUGCUAUGCCUAUGAGUGAACCUCACUGAUUUCUGGAAUGGUCUUAAAAUCCCUAACAAUCGUUGAUAGCUGCAUGCGCAGAGCGUAAGAUGUGGUUUUGAAAUUGAUUAAGCGAGCGUGCCAUACACCCUCUCUUAAGAAAAAUUGUUCACCGCUCUACAUUGGGAAUUCUACGCAAUGAUAUCAUUGUAUCAACAGCCAUGGUCAAGCCUUGCAUAUUUGUAGAAACAAUUUCGUUACAAUAAUGACAUUCGUUUGGUUAAACUAAUCCAUUUUAUGACUUUUGUUAUUCCAUGCAUGCCUCAACAAAUUAUAAACAUUUUCUCACCUGAUGUACAUAAGAUUAUGCACAGCUUUGCCCACCACAUAAACGCCAUCAGUAAAAUAAUUAUUUUAAAGACAUUAAUAGUCCAGUAAUUUGGAUAGUUUACUUGUACAAACUAAUUUCAAGGAAGUUAAGAACACAAUGAGAACCGGAGAUCGCGUAAAAUUAUGUGCCAUAUCAGUGGUCCACUUCUUUUACAUUUUCGUUUUCCAACUUUUCUACUUCCUUAUUAGCUUGAAACCGAGGGGUACAGUGUGAUCAUUAUAAAUAAAUAGUUUAGGGACGGGUCAUUAUUUAUGGUGGGGGGUGGCACCGAAGAGAAAUGUUUUUCCUGGCAAAAAAAUUGCUGACCCAACCAUUAAAAAGUCAAAAAUUUGAUUACCCAACCUCGAAUAUCAAUUAAAAAAUAAAUACCCACCCCUGGCCAAAACCUUUACAAAAGGAUACCAUUCAGUUGUCACACAUAUCCUUUUUAAUACCACUUCUGUGACACGAGUUUGAUAACGGAUUGUGCAAUUUUCUGCAGUCUAAAGUUUCAUGUUGUCUGCACAUGUACUUUCUUUGGAGACACCAUCUGUCUCCCAGCAAAUCGGAAAAUGAUCAAGAUAGUGACUCUGAUUGAUUCACAUAUUGUAUUUACAUAUGACUGUUGACAUUGCUUUUCAGUCUCCACUAUUUAAGUGAGUCAUGCUUUGGAAAUGACAAUAAUUUUUUAUUACCCAACCCUUGAGUUGUUUUGUUUUUUAUUUCCCCAACCUUUUACUUACUCAAAAUUUUGAUCACCCAACCCUUUUCUCUUCGGUGCCACCCCCCGCCUUAAAUAAUGACCGGUCCCUUAGUUGUACAAAUUAAUUUCGAGGAAGUUAAGAACACAAUGAGAACCGGAUAUCGCGUAAAAUUAUAUGCCAUGUGGUCUGCUUCUUUUACAUUUUCGUUUUCCCACUUUUCCACUUCUAAGCACCUCCUCCCUUUUCAUCUCAAUAACUGGCCAUCUGAAAUUCAAGCUACCCCUGCCUGAGGAUACUCUUAAACGUUGAAUCUCAGGAAUGAUGAUGAUGAGUCUGAUGAGCAUUUUAAAAAGCGUACAUCACUCAUUUACUCCGCCCCCCUGCAGUUUAUGGUUUGUAUAUGCUUGUGAAAAUGUUGAUAAUAAUAGACGAUCCCUUAAAACAAUUUAAUAUUUUUUAGCUUUGUGCUUUAAUGGGUUCGUUGUGCGUACCAUUGGCAUAUCUCAUUGUCUGGGAGUGGACACGUUCAACCACUGCUUCACUUAUUUCGUCUUGUUUUAUUUUGUUUGGUAUGUAUACAAUAUAAAUGGAAAUUAAAGGCCAGCAAAUGACUUUCAGACAAGACAUAACAAAAAUAUAAAAUGUCUUUUGCUGCAUGCAUGGGCUUUAAUUUUCAUUGUUGAAUAAUAUGCCAAGAAGCAUUCUGCAAGUCAGGGCUGCAAAAUAAUUAUUUUCUGGGACCGCAAGGCCAACAAAAACAAUUUCUGCAAGCAAAGGACAGCAAAUCUUAUCGUAUCUAAAAUUUUAUGAGUUCUACAGUCACAUUUGGGACCAAUGAUCCUGUGGUCCGCUAUAUUUUGCAGCCCUGCUGCAAGUCUGCACUUUAAAAAAAAAAGCAUUUUAUACAAUUUUAAGAAGUUUGUGUUUCAAUACCCUGUCAGCGUCAGUGACCGCGUUUCAGAAGUAUGCUGCUGUAAGAGUUUUGCAAGUCAAAGUUUUCACGCAAUAUUUUGCAACGCAAUAUUUUCUACAUCACAGAAUGACAUUUCAUAUGCAGGGGUCGAAAAUUACAUUUGCUUUUACUAUACAACCGGAAUAGUAGAUUUUGAAAUUUACUGUUCCGUCUGAAGAUCCAAUAUUCUUUCUGUGUCUGUAAGAUCCUGUUCACAGACUCUGACAAUUGUGACGUACUGUAAGCCGCAAGAUCUCAGGAAUGCAGAUCAGCAAACAAACAUAGCAAUUAAACAUUUUAUUUAUACAACAAGAAUCAAUCAAAUGUACAUGCGAAAACUCAAGUACAAAAUCAUAUUAUCCUCAAUAACGUACCAGUGAUAUUAUAAAUUGAUGCAUUAAACCACAAUUUUUUCUAAAUAACUAUACAAAUGGAAUACUGCAUGAGAUCAUGAAGUUUCCAAUUCCGUUAGGCAUGAUAUUACCACUAUAUACGGAUUUAGCUUUAAUUUCGACCCCUGUUAUAAUGUAUCGGUUUUGAAUCCACUUGUUUUACAAUUUUUACAAUUAUUUUUAACCACUACGUCUUGUCAACCACGAACAGAGGAUUUAGAGACUACAGUAUCAUAUUGUACAAGUAAAUGCUACAGCCUGAGGCAUUUACCAGGUAUCCAUUCCGCGCAAUAGACCUUUCCCCUUAUAACCAAAAUUUUGAUCUAGGCAAGUCUAGACAAAUAUUUCAUCACAGCUUGAAAGAGCAUCACAAAAUUAGUAAUAUUCCAAAGUUUCGUUGCGAAUUGUUGUAAAAUGAGGAAAAUAGAGCCUUGCGAAGUUUGCAAUUUUCAGUCAUUUUGCAUUACAAACGGGAAAUUGCAGCCCAACACCCGAAUCGGAUGUCAAUUUCCCGUGCGUAAUACAAAAUGACUGAAAAACGGCAAACUUCGCAUGGCUAUAUUAUCCGCAUUUUACAACAUUUCGCAACGAAACUUUGGAAUAUUACUAAUUUUGUGAUGCUCUUUCAAGCUGUGAUGAAUUUUUUGUCUAGAUCGAAAUUUUAGUUAUAAGGGGAAAGGUCCAUUAGUUCUGUCCGAGGCGAUUCCGAGGAGUCCAUGGACUGAUUUAAUUUUGAUCCAGUCCUAGGACUGGACAAAUAUACUUCACCAGGUAUCCAUGCAGUAUCAUCAUGUGAGCAAAAUAAAGUAAUAUUAUGUAUAUAAUAACUACAGUGAAACACGCAAUUUGAUUGGUCAAUAGCCGUGCAGGAUCAGGCUAUCCUGCACGAGGAAUUAAAUUGCCUUCGCGGGAUUUUUGAGGGAUUCUCAAAAUGUCUUUGUUUCACAGACUGUAGUUAUUUUAGGAUAGCGUGAUCCAUACACUUGGGAUGUUGCUCGUCUUUCGGAAAGCGAAAAAAUGCACUCGCCUGCGGCUCGAGUAUUUUUACGCUUUCCGAAAGUCUCGCGACAUCCCUCGUGCAUGGAUCACGCAAUCCUGCACGGAAAACCAUUCGGUAUUCCUUUAAUGUUUGCGGGCUAAUUUACUCAUGAAUUAUUAAUGAGUUUGAGAUUGACACUUCUCAAAUUCAUUAAUAAUUCAUGAGUAAUUCAGCCAAUGAUAAUCAUCUAUUUGAUCACAAGAUGCCAUUUGGAUACUUGAUGAACGUCACUAGUGUUUUCAUCAAAUAUCUUAAUUACGCAUGGAAAAUUACUUGAAUAGAAUUCCUAAUUACGUUAUGCUUGGUUAAGAAUUCUAUUCAAAUCAGCAAACGAAAACAUUCUGUUACGUCUCGAUUCAUUUGAGAAGCCAUAUAAACAACUCGAGCUCGUGUCUCACCGGGAUAUCCAAACACUCGAAAACAAUGUAUGAAAACACUCGCGCUUCGCACUCGUGUUUUCAUACAUUGUUUUCUCGUGUUUGGAUAUCCUGGUGAAACACUCGCUCUCGUUGUUCAUAUAUUACGUAAUAUUUUUCCUCUGUGUAGACACUGGUUGCUUAACAAUAUCGCAGUACAUUUUACUUGACCCAAUUCUUAUGUUCUAUAUCAUGGUCGCUGUGUUCUGUGUCGCCAAAUUUCAGACUUACAAUAAAAGGUUAGGGUUUUCAUUGCUGAAUAUAUUAUACUGUUACAUUCAUCUACAAUUUACCAGUAAAUAAAUUAGAUCACUUAUAUUAUAUGUUAACACCAUCUGAAAUUUUUUUAGUCCUUGGAGCUUUGAGUGGUGGUUUUGGCUGUCACUGUCUGGCAUAAAUUUAGCCAAUGCUUUUAGGUAAGAAAUUUGCUAGUGAGAUGAAGAAAAAAAUUGCUCACAAACUUGGGAUUAAUAUAAGGGACCGGUCAUUACUUAUGGCGGGGGGUGGCACCGAAGAGAAAUGUUUCCGUAUCAAGAAUUUUGCUGACCCAACCGUUAAAAAGACAAAAAUUUGAUUACCCAACUUCAAAUAUCAAUUAAAAAAUAACUACCCACCCCUGGCCAAAAACGUACAAAAAAGGAUACCAUUCAGUUGUCGUACAUGUCCUUUAUCACUUCAGUGACAUGAGUUUGAUAACGGCUUGUGAAAUUUUCUGCAGUCAAAAGUUUCGUGUUGUCUGCACAUGUACUUUCUUUGGAAACACAAUUUGUUUUGUCAAAAUGAUCAAGAUAGUGACUCUGAUUGAUUCACAUAUUGUAUUGACAAAUGACUGUUGACAUUGCUUUUCAGUCUCCAAUAUUUCAGUGGGUCAUGCUUUGGAAAUGACAAUAAAUUUUAUUACUCAACCCUUCAGUUGUUUUGUUUUUCAUUUACCCAACCUUUUACUCACUCAAAACUGCCGAAAAGUUAGGGGGGAGUUGAGCGAUGGGGUGUAUAGUACAGCCAAACAAACUGCAUCAGGGGGCCUGUGGCACAGUUGCUAAUGGAGGUAAGGGGGCGAAUCGCAGGAAAGUUGAGAUUUUUGGUCUUAUUUAGCUCAAAAUUCUUGUUUUUAGUCGUACUUAGUUCAAAAUCCUUCUUUCAAUCACACAACUGUCAUUUAAUCCAACGAGCAUUUAAAUUUCUGGGGGGUGGAAAAACUUUCUGGGGAGUGCAGAAUAUUGUUUGUUUCUGCACCCCCAGAAAAUCCGUCUAUGUUUGGAAGUGGGUAGUGUUCUCCUGCUAAAACUAAAUUUUCUUCCGAAAAAAGGUAGUUAGGUAGUAGAUUAAAAUACUUGUACAGUAUUAAUCCCAGCAAAAUUAACAUUGUUUUAGAGAAUUUUCAGUACUGCGUUCAACAGCAUAUUUUUUCUCUCCAAAUUUUAGUUGUAAAUGGGUCGGAUUGUUCGUCAUAUUAUGGGCAGGUUUUGCUACAGUCGCUGAUCUCUGGAACAUGCUUGGUGAUCUUGGCGUAUCCCUGGUGACCGUGGCGAAGCACUUCAUGGCGAGAGCUUUGUGUCUGAUUCUUCUUCCAGUUCUUGUCUAUCUGUUUUGGUUCGCCGUUCAUUUUGCUGUCUUAAAAGCAAGGUAAAUGAUGCCAGAUUCUUUAAUCAUAUAGAGAGUGCUUGGUGAUGACUAUUGCAUUGAUGUGCCUUGUUACAAACCGGCAAACAAGUUGUAACAAGGUUGUUGUCCAAGACGACACCAGGAUGUGUUUCGCAUUGUUUGUUCCUAGUUGUUGUGACAAAUCUGGAACAACUUGUUCUCACUUUGUCACAAGGUUGAUGACGGUAUAACAGACUUGCCACAAGUUCUUCCAUCAACUUGUUACGUGCAGACGAUAUCAGACUUGUUGGAAAUAAUCGAUAUCAGACUUGUUGCGAGUCUGUUGGCCUCAUCAACCUUGUUACAAGAUGAUAACAACUGGGAACAAGCAGUGCGAACACAUCUUGUUGACUAGCUUUGAGAUUUUUAAGAGUGUAUAUCCAAUCAGGUUUUGAUUCCUGUGCUGUGCAGCAGGUGUCUGAUCUACUGAUUAUAAUUUUGGCUAAUUCGCAUGAGAGAAGAGUGCUUCCAGUUUGCAGGUCUUCAUCGGAUCACAGGGACCUUUAGCUAGCGAUAAUAGGGAGCAAGACGGCGAUGACUAUUAACAAUAAGAAAUUCAUCAAUUCAUGCAAGUGUAAAAAAGAAAUUAUUAAUAAAUCCCCCGGAGUUUCAGGCGUCGUCCGCGUUCUAUUUUCAACACUGCAAACCGAAGAUUUUUAUGUCUAAUUGUAUACAACGCCAGCGUUUCAAGCCGUGAGAAGUGAUACUUAGCAAAUUGGCUUCGUAGAGGUCUCUUCUACUAGAAACUUCCUUUAUUAGGACUUGCAAUGGACCUUUAACCUUAUAACUAAAAUUUUGAUCUAGACAAAAAUUUCAUCACAGCUUGAAAGAGCAUCACAAAAUUAGUAAUAUUCCGAAGUUUCGUUACGAAAUGUUGUAAAAUGCGGAUAAUAUAGCCCUGCGAAGUUUACAAUUUUCAGUCAUUUUAGAUUGCAAACGGGAAAUUGAUACCCAAACACCCGAUUUGGGCCGAUUACAGGCUGAUUUACACUAUGCACAACUUUUGCCUAAAACUGUCGCAUGCAACCUGCUUACAACUUGAGUUGUACUGUGUGAAUCAGGCAUGCAACUCACCUACGACAACGUGGGCGAGUUGUGUGCUUGAUUUGCACAGUACAGUUUUAGACAAAAGUUGUGUAGUGCAAAUAGGCCUUGUUAACAUUUUGGCGUGUUACUUAGUACAUAUUCAUGACCGGCUAUUCUCUCCCACAGUGGCCCAGGUGAUGGAUUUUUCAGCUCAGCUUUUCAAUCGACGUUGAAAGGAAAUGAAUUAUUUAAGACAUCACUACCAGAACGUAAGUACCGUGGAUUACAACCAACUAUAUUAUGUUUGCGAUGUUACUCUGAGUGCAUAUCCACACCGGGCGAGCCCGAAAAAUAUGCCCGGCCCCGGCGGGAUUCGAACCCACGACCCCUGGAACACCAGCCCAAUGCUCUUCCAACUGGGCUGGUGUUCCAGGGGUCGUGGGUUCGAAUCCCGCAGUGGCCGGGCAUAUUUUUCGGGCUCGCCCGGUGUGGAUAUGCACUCAGAGUAACAUCGCAAACAUAUUAUUCACCUGAGUACACAACACCAGCACAAAAAAUUCAUAUUAAUAGAACACAUUGGUAUUGAAGGAAUUAGAUACUGUUUCGAAAUAUCACUUACUCGAACCGUCCUGACCGCGUAGCUCAGUUCGAAGAGCAUUGGGCUGGUGUUCCAGGGGUCGUGGGUUCGAAUCCCGCCGUGGCCGAGCAUAUUUUUCGGGCUCGCCCGGUGUGGAUAUGCACUCAGAGUAACAUCGCAAACAUAUUAUUCACCUGAGUACACAACACCAGCACAAAAAAAAACCCAACUAUAUUAUUUUUCAGAAGAGUGAUGCAUGUAGACGGACUAACCUCGAUAUAUAAAUCAGACCAUUAUUCUGUUUAUAAUUUUGUUCUUAGAUUUAGCUUAUGGCUCAGUUGUGACCUUAAAAAACAAUCGUCCAGGAGGCGCCUUACUCCACUCUCAUCAUCAUCUAUACCCUGAAGAACAUCCUCCUGCACAACAGCAAGUCACUGGAUAUUCACAUAAAGAUCCAAACAACGACUGGCUCGUCAAGAAAUCUACAGAACCUUAUAGUAAGUUCUCAUGGGUGCUGUCUGAAUUACAAGGCCAGAUUUGGUGUAAAUCCUGGGAGAAGUGGGAAAAUUAUAGGAGAGGUCUUGGCCCCAUCCUUCCCUCUCUCCCCUUUCCCAUCCCCCAUCCCUCCCCCACCAUCCCCCCUCACCCUCCUGGGGAGGUGAAUAAUAUGAAUAAUUUAUAUACAUAAUAUGUGUCAAUGAGGAGGGGGUGUACAAAAUGGUCUCAGCGAAGUUCCGCACCUCCCCUCACCUCAAAUGUCUGAACUACCUAUGGAGGUUUGAAAGGUAUCUUUUCGCCGUUUCGAGAGAACCUCCCAAAAAUUUGUAUUUUUUCCCAUCAGAUCCAAACAGCCCUGUAGAAUACGUAAAACACGGUGACGUUAUACGACUGGAACAUCUUCCGUAAGUAAAUAUUUUACCUAUAUUACCUAUAUGUUAUGAUCUUGCCAUGAAUGCAUGAUGCAUAGUUAAUUCGCUGGCCGAGGUAUGCAAUCUCAGGAAUUUAUGUAGUGCUGUAGGAAUUUAUGCAUACUGAUAUGAUAUGGGAAUAUGUAUAAUUUUUAAUUCUUUUCUCCCGAACGUUCUAGAACGAAGAGAAACCUACACAGUCAUCCACAAAAGGCACCAAUCACGCAACAUCAUUAUCAAGUUGCGUGUUAUGGCGAAGUAAGUUGUCAUGUUUAGCAUCGUGUGCUCGUUCCCAGAGUCAUAUCAUCUCACGGGAAUGCUCUGGCGCUAUUAGGUGCGAGGCUGCGAUUUUCUUCUGACGGAUGUGAACGAGUGGAUGAGUUAUGAAUGUUCCGAGAUGAGGGUACACCAGUGGGGUACACAUACUCAGGGGCGUAGGAAGCAUCAAAAUAUUGGGGGGCACCAGCUUCUAGGGGCACUUUAGGGUAUUGAAAAGGGCACCUAAAAAUUUUUCCUGGAAAUGUUGGCGACGGGGGGGGGAGAAGAAAAAUUUUCCCGUCGUGCAAUACCGAAAUUGCACGUUUUUGACCAAUUUUUUUUUAAAAACUUGGAAAUUUCCAAACAAAAAUGGCACCUUUGAUGUUAACUUAGUAUUUACAGCGUAUUAGCUUGUACAAAAAGGGCACUUUUCAUCACAAAAAAGGGCACUUUUCAUCACAAAAAAGGGCACUUUUCAUCACAAAAAAGGGCACUUUUCAUCACAAAAAAGGGCACUUUUCAUCACAAAAAAGGGCACUUUUCAUCACAAAAAAGGGCACUUUUAGCCCUUUGAAAAAAUUGGGGGGGGGGGGCAAGGCCCCACUUGAAAUCGUAGGAAAAGUGCAAACGGGCCUGCAUAUAGGUAAUUUGCUUUUAAAAUGCUUGUGAAGGUACUGUUCACACCCAUGUGUACCAGUGUGGAGAAACUGUAAAACAUAAAAAAAUGUAUAUCAGAAAUAAUUUCAUUUUGUGUAGAAUGGCGAAGGAGAUAGCAAUGAUUACUGGCAAAUUCAGAUCAUCAAUGGUAAAGAAGGCGAUCUCGUGAAGACGGUCAAGACUGUAUUUCGACUCAUUCAUGUCACUACUGGUUGUGCUCUCUAUGGUGGAACAAACACGUUGCCGAAAUGG